GUUCAUUCCUUACGUUUUUUGUUUUUUUGCUUAACAUACGAGAAUAGUGCCAUUUCUUUUCAUUUAACAUGAAGGACUAAUUUAUAGCAUAAUCACAAAAAGAAAAAAGAAUGAGCUACUUUCCAAACCGGAAACUUUUGUUUUGAAAUUCUCUAGCUCGUCAGCGGUCAGCAAGCAAGAAACAUUUCUCAACAUUUCCAUUUUUAUGGUGCAUUUUCAAAUCUUUUAGCUAAACAGAGGAUAAAGUUCAUAGUUAAUUUGUGUAGCAGUUUGCAAAAAUCGCUGCACACAUGACUAAGCACGAGUUUGAGGUGGCCAUGACAUGCGAGGGCUGCUCGGGAGCCGUGACCAGAAUCCUCAACAAGCUGGGAGACGUGAAGUUCGAGAUCGAUCUGGCGAAGAAGCUGGUGUGGAUCGAGUCGGACAGAGACGUGGACGCGCUCAUGGAGACGCUGAAGAAGUGUGGGAAGGAGGUCAAAUACAACGGCAUUAAGUGAAGGAGUCUGCUGUGACAGAGGAAGUCCUCGCUGCUGGAGUGGAGGUUAGGACCAGAACAUGUGUUCCCUCCAGGAGGACGUCCUCAGAAACCUCCUCAUGCUUCGAGGAGGGAGACGCCGUGUUAGAACAUCCCAGAACCGCGGUUCCAUCCAUCUGCUUCUGUGGUUUUUGACCUUCAGAUGUUCUCUCCCAAUGAUUCUGAUCUGCUCUGAAUGAUUCCAUGAUGGAGGAGAUGCUGCCUUGAAGGGUUCCAGCCUCUUGAAGCUCCUGCAGGAGAACAGCUCAGCAGACACGGGGAACUGUUUGCAGCAUCGUCCACAUCCUGGCAGAACCUCCGGACUCUUUGGGUGAAAGUUCCUGAACUUUAGCUUAGUGCGUCUGAACAUCUGAAACAUCUGUCUGCUUCCUUCAGGAGACGCCUCUGCUCCUCAGACCUUCAUCUGUCUCAACUGUUUCCAUUCCUGAACUUCUCCGUCCUAAUUUAUGGUUUCUGCAUCGAGAAAAUAAACGUUCUUCACUCAGCAGA